AUGGGUGCUCUGCUUUCUUGUCUACAAAGAGCAAAUAAUCCUUCUCUUCUAUUGACAUUUCCUUCUGCUAAGUUUCACUCAAGUAGUGGUCAGAAUAAUAGUGUAUUCAAGAAAGUACCUAAGAUUUUCUCUUCAGUUUUCAACACUGUAUCAGAUUUUUUUGGAGGCAUGUUGAUGAGCACUAUCAUGGAAGACGAUGGAACCCCGAUUAGAUCUGGAGCUAAUGCUGCCCAGUUCCAGCCCAUUUCGUUUUCGACAAUGACAUUUUCUCUUGAUCAAAUUAAGCAAAUCAAGUCCAAGCUUGGAGCGACAUUAAACGAUGUGAUCACCGGAGCAAUCUUCUUGGGAAGUAGGUUAUAUAUGCAAGAAAUGUGUCAUGAAUCAGGGAGAUCUCGUUCUACAGCGUCCAUUGAAGAUAUGCUUAAACCUAAUGCGGAGGGGACUUGGGGCAAUCUCUUUUCCUUCCUACAAAUAGCACUGCCUAAACUAACUGAUGCAAACCUUACUGAUCCACUACAAUUUGUAGUCAAAGCCGGACGAAUCAUCAAGAGGAAGAGGUACUCUAUUGCUCUUCACAUGACAAGUUGGCUUCUCCAAAUUCUAAAUAAGAUUGGAGGCCCGAAGGCAGUAUCCAAAUUCGUUCAAGGCACCCUUAAGAACUCAAGCUUAGCUAUCACAAAUGUAGUGGGAGCCCAAGAGCAGAUGGCUUUAAGUGGUCAUCCUGUUAAAGGCGUCUACUUUAUGAUUGUUGGAUCACCCGAGAUGGCUUUAAGUGGUUAUCCUGUUAAAGGCGUCUACUUUAUGAUUGUUGGAUCACCCGAGGAUGUUGGGUUCGGAAUAAUGAGCUACAUGGGGAAGCUAAGGGUUGCAAUGGGAGUUGGAAAAGAAUUCAUAGAUGCAGAAAAGUUAAUGUCGCACAUUGAGAAUGCUUUUGAGAUGAUAUUCAAAGCUGCAUGCGGAAAUUAA